AUGGAAGAGGAAAUAAAUAUUCAUAUGAAUGGAGGAACUGAAAAUCUUACUCCAUCAAAAAUUCUACAAAUUGCUGAAGAUAAUGUAGUGGAGAAAAGUGUUAUCAAGUUCAUUAAUGGCAAAGAUGGCUCAGUAUCUGAGGAGAAAGUCCCAACUACAUCUUGGGGCCUGAGGAGACCUAGGGCUCAAGAUAAACUAAGGUCUCUAAUAAAUCAGUUUCAACCUUCUUUAGUGUUUAUAGCUGAACCAAAAAUAAAUUGUAGUGCAUCUUUCUGCAAUAAGUUGAAUCUUCCAGGAAUGCAAAAUAUGGUGAUUCAUAACUCAACAUCAAAUAAAAAAGGGAACAUAUGGUUGUUUUGGAAUAAGAAAUUUCCUACACCUACUGUUGUCUCCAUGUCAAGUCAGAUGAUUACAGUCAGCAUUGGGGGAAAUUUGGUGUCUGGAGUUCAUGCUCAUGUGAAUGCUGUUCAAAUAAGAUAUUUAUGGUCUGAGAUGGAAGCAAUAAGUGACUUACAACUUCCUUGGCUAGCAAUUGGUGACUUUAAUGCCAUCACAACAGCAAUGGAAAAAGCAGGGGGGAAGCCAGCUAAUACAAUAAAUAUGCUUGAGUUUAACACUUCUCUUGACAAAUGUGAGCUUCAACAAUCUCCUAAAUCAGGACUUGAGUACUCUUGGUCAAAUUGUCAGCAUGGUGCAAGAAGAAUCUUAUGCAAUCUUGAUAGAGCAGUAUUCAACAAUUUAUGGAUUCAAAAACAUGGUGGAUGGAGUUAUAAGGUUGAAAUGAGAAUAACAUCUGAUCAUUCUCCUUUACUGGGAGGAUGUGUUGCUUGUCCUAAGACAAAAAAUGUUCCACAAAAAUUUCAGAAGAUUUGUUCUAGUGGAUUGGGAUGGAGAGUGUUUGGUAAUGUGAAUGUGCAAAUAAAAGAAGCUGAAAAAGAAGUUCAAGAAGCAACAAAGUUGUCUGAUGCUCAUCCUCUCAAUGAAGAAUUCUUGGAUAAAUUGGUGGAAGCUGAAAAUAAUCUAAAUUCUAAAGAAGUUCAUUUGACUACAAUGUUGAAGUUGAAGGCAAGAACCAAAUGGUUCAAAGAAGGCUCUGCAAACACAAGAUUCUUUCAUGCAAAGCUGAAGGUAAGGCAAGCUAGAAACUCCAUUACUGAAUUGGAAGAUGCUAAUAAUGAAACUGUCACAGAUCAAAGUAAAGUUGCAAAAAUUCUUAUAGAUUACUUUGAGGAUAAAUUCAAAUUUAAAGAGGUAGACAUUGAAGAAUCUUUACUUGAAGUAAUUCCAAAAGCUAUCACAGAAGCAGAUCAAGCAAUGCUAGAUGCAAUUCCUUCAAGUGAAGAAAUAAAGAAAAUUAUUUUUGAAAUGGAUCCUGAAAGUUCUCCUGGUCCAGAUGGCUUUUCAGGCAGUUUUUACAGGUCAUGUUGGCAAGUAAUUCAAGAUGAUGUAGUGAAUGCAGUCCAAUUCUGCUGGAAGAGAAGAUUCAUUCCAAUGGGCUUAAACUCAAAUUUUCUAGUGCUUUUACCAAAAAUUGAAGGUGCAAGAUCUCCUAAACAAUUUAGACCAAUUGGGUUGAGGAAUGUAAGUUUCAAAAUCUUCACCAAAAUCAUAACAUCCAGAAUGUCAAGUCUCAUGCACAAGUUCAUAUCUCCACAGCAAGCUGCAUACAUAAAGGGGAGGAAUAUACAAGACCAAAUAGUUCUUGCUUCUGAGAUGAUUAAUGAAAUGAAGAAGAAGAGAAGAGGAGUCACUUGGUGUCAAUGGUUAAAUACCUUACUUGAAUCUGAAAAAGUCUCAGUAAUGAUAAAUGGUGGUCCUAAUGGCUUCUUCUCAGUUGGUAGAGGAUUAAGACAAGGAGAACCACUAUCUCCAAUUCUUUUUGUUCUAAUGGAAGAUGUUAUUAAUAAAAAUAUUUCCAAAUUGGUAGUUGAAGCAAAGAAAAGCAUUCAAAAUCUAAUGAAGCUCCUAGAAGUCUAUCAGAAAAAUUCAGGUCAGCUGAUUAAUAAAAGUAAAAGCAAGCUCUUUGUGGAUGGAACAACAGCUGCAAGGACUAUGCAAAUUAAAGAACUAAUACAAAUGGAAGUAAGUUCUUUACCUGAUAAAUAUUUAGGUGUAAUUCUUCAAGCUGGCAGAGUGAAAAUUUCAACAAUUUGGCCAAUGGUAGAGCUCUUGCAAAAGAAACUGGCUACUUGGAAAGUACUUAGUAGCAUACCAAUCUAUAGCAUGUCAGCGUAUAUGUGUCCAAAAACAGUAAUCAAAAUUUGUGAGAGGAUAAUCAGAAACUUCCUGUGGUCUGGAGAUGGAGAAACUAGAAAGUUUAAAACUUUCUCAUGGAGAAAGUGGAAGAAUAAUUGGCAACUUUCAUCAAUCUGGCCAGGUCUGAAAUAUGAUUGGAAUUACUUAAAAGAAAAUAUAAGGUGGUGCACAGGAAAUGGUCAAAAAAUAUCCAUUUGGUUUGAUUCUUGGAUUGGAAAUUCUCCCAUCAUUGAGAAUAUUGGAUUUACUUAUUAUGUUAAAGCUCACAUCAGCAUGAAGGUGUCAGACUUACUCAAGAAAGGCAAAUGGGAUUUACCUGAUCAGCUUAAAAUCAUUCUUUCUGAUUUCACUCUGCCUGAAAUUGGUAUUGGAAAUGAUGAUCUAAUUUGGACAGGUGACAUCAAAGUGUGGAAUAAUGCUAAAGGCAAGAGUCUAUUCAUUAAAGAAUGUUGGGGCAUCACUGCUUGUGCAAUCUUAAGAGAUAUGUGGUUUCAAAAGAAUAAGAUGAUUUUUGAGCAAGUGAAGCCAAACAUUCAAAGUUUCAAGAGAAGAAUUAAAAGGACAACCCUUGAGGGAGGAGUCAAAAUAAAAGGUCACAAAUGGAGUGCUGAAAUUGAUGACCAGGUAAUCCUCUUUUUUAAAUUGAAACCAAGAAAUCUUAAAUAUCAAUACAUAAAACCUUGUUAUUGGAUUCCACCAAGAACUGGAGUUGUCAUGUUUUGUUGUGAUGGGGCAUCAUUUGGAAAUCCAGAAGCAGCUGGUUUUGGUGUGGUAAUAAGAGAUCAUUUAUGUCAAGUAUUGGGAGUUAUCUCAGGAGGAAUUGGCAUUGCAACAAAUUACAUUGCAGAGGUAUAUGAAAUCAUCUGUGUAGUUGAGUUAGCUGUGGAAUGGCAGAUUCAAGAAGUAAUUCUCAACUCAGAUUCCAAAACAGUGGUGACUGAAUUUGCAGGAAACAAAAUGCCAUGGUUUGUCAGAAUGAUAUGGAACAAAGCAAUUGCUAAGAUUCACUCUCUCCAGUUCAGGAAAAAUUUCAGGGAAACCAACUUUUCUGCAGAUACAGCUGCAAAAAAGGGAGCUCUACUGGCAGCAGGUCAAAGAGAGAUCUACUAUGGAAGACCAAGUUUUUUUUUAUCAAGGAUAGAAUUGCCUGACAUAGCAUAUUACAGAAUGUGCUAG